CGCUGGAAGACCGGAAGAAGCCCCCACGGUUUCCGAGGCUAUUUUCGUCACUUCCUGAAACGAGUAAGAAACAGCAAGGGACCAGGCCGAAAGCGCACACCGGCGAGCAUCGAUCGCAGCAGGGGGCAAGAACGCUGAGCGCAGCCAAAUCCAUCCACAGGAAUAUCGCAAGAGAAUUUUUCCGUCUCUGUCUCUCUCUCUUUCUCCUCGUUUCGGAUCCACCGCCGCCGCCUUAGCGGGUCCCGUCGCUUCGUCUCCCGCUUACCGGGGCCCGGCCCGCAGCCGCCCUUCUCCGGCUAUCCACGACCGGCGCUCGCGGCCCCUGCCGGCGGCGGGGGUGAGGUCGCUGGCUGCGUAAGGUUGCCGUGGGGCUUUGUGUCGGGUUGGACUAUCGGAUCUUGCAGUGCGGGUCCCAGGAACGGGGACCGGCGGGCGGGUUCGCCGGGCGAUGGACCGGGACGAGCGCCUCCGCCGCGCGCUGGCCGCCUUCGGGGGCGACGUGUGGGGGAUGGUCGACGCCGCGCUGGCCGCGGCUGCGCGGGAUUGCCCGGACGAGCUGCGCGCGCGCCGCGACGGCAUCGUCGAGCGGCUCUACGCCGCCGCCGGCUGCAGCAACUGCGACGGGCGUCCGCCGCGUGCUGCUUUGGCGGCGGCGGGGUUGGAGGAGGAGGAAGAGGCUCCGGUCUCGCCGGAGGCGGAGGGUGAUGCGGAAACCGAUGUCGUGGAUGAGGCCGAGGAGCUCGGCGGCGGCGGCGACGGCGAGCCCGGGCUGGAGACCAAGAUCCUGGCCAUCAGGGACUUCCUGGAGGACCCCUACCAGCCCGAGGACGAGCUGGUGAGCUUGCUGCAGAACCUGGCAGACAUGGACGUCACCUACAAGGUGCUCCAGGAGACAGACAUCGGCCGGCAUGUGAAUGGCCUGCGCAAGCAUCCCUCUGGCGAAGUCCGGCGACUGGUAAAGCAGCUCAUCAGGAAGUGGAAGGAGAUAGUGGACGAUUGGGUGCGCCUGCACAAUUCUGGUGGUGACGGUGGCAGCUCCAUCAUAACUGAUGGCGACUCCCCGGAGAAAAUCCAAGGCAAGAGCCACCAAAGCCCUCGGGUUUCAGGGUUCCAGUAUUCUCCCAGCCCACAGAGGCACAAUGGUUCAAGUUCAGAGAGGGCUAACAAUGGGUUUGAGUUGACAAUGGAUGUGAAGCGUAAAGCGAGCCCUGUACCAGCAUAUCAUAAUCCCAGGCAGAUCAACAACAACCGUCAUUCUGAUACUUCGUUAUCUGGUCCUGCUAAAAUGACAAGGGACCAAAAAGACAGUCUUCUGGACCUUGAUAGGCUGGAUUCUGCUAGGAAGAGGCUCCAGGAGAAUUAUCAGGAAGCACAAAAUGCCAAAAAGCAGAGGACAAUCCAGGUGAUGGAGAUCAAUGACAUACCAAAGCAGAAAAACAGAAAUGCUUUCAUCCGCAAGGGUGGCAGCGGUGGGCUCCCGGCAAGGCAACGAUAACCUAGCCUUAUUCGGUUCCACAUCGGCUCACUUGCAAACUUGUGCCCUAAAACAGCGACAAAAAAGAAAAGAUUCAGAUGGUUUCUUCUUGUUCCUAUGUCUUGGUUGCCUAGCCUUACCUCCAGUGUAAUAUUGUCAGGUACAUAAGGCGGAUGCUUAUGCUCAAGGAAAAAGGAAUAUAAAUUAGAGUUCCUUCCA